UCUUGAAACGCCAUCUACAAUUUUGAAAAGAGCCAAUAUUCGCAUUUCCAUAGCAACCGCGUCUUACGAAAUUUCGAGAGACGGCUUUGACGUUUGCAAUGAUCGCUGUAUUCAGUGUAUAAAGAAUCCCCAAUCAAUUAAUUACAUUACAAAUGGCAAGAAAUGAUCAACAUACAGCAUCCAAAGGUUGUCGCUAAACCCCCGAUUAGCAACUUUGGUAUGUCCGAUAACGGAGACGGAAAAGGCUUGCCGAUGCAGAGGUGCAAUUCUGCAGAAGAACGCGGACGGAAUUCAAACUCUUCAAGAUUCCGCGACACUAACGGAGGAUCGGGUUCUAAGACAGGCGAAUAUCUUAGGGAAGCAGAGACUCAUCCCAACCAGACUGACGCUAUGAUUGAGAACAUUGGAUAUGACAUAAAAAAACUACAAACUACUAGCGAUUUCAAUCAGAAUGUUAUCGAGCCAAAUUCUUGCUCCUUUGAUCAGCUUUGCUCGAUGAUCAACGAUCUGGAAAAAAAUUUAUCAGGAAAUGAAGCACAGCUGAAUAUCGAUUCAAAUACCACUGAAAGGUUUGUCAGCAGUGAAGGGGGCCACUUUUAUGGAAACGAUCAAGACUAUUCCAUCAAUCAGCUUCAGCCGGAGAAAGAUUACUCCAAUCAACCAUGCGGAUCUUCUCUAUCAACUUACGAGGACAUCAUGUCCCUGUUAGGGAUUUUGGACCACGAAGGAUACCUUGAAGAUGUUCCAAACAAUCGCGCUAAUGCACAUUCAAAAAAUGUCGAAGCAACACUCAACAGUCGAUCUGUUCCACACUGUAACAAUCAAGGAAUUUAUCCUGUACAAACCCACAUACCUGGAACGAUAAAGGAAGAUUUAGCGACUCUUAGGUUGCAGUUGGAAGAACGGAAUGAGACUGUCAAAUUUCUAAAAAAUGAAUUAAAAUCACAGAGGCAAUCUGCUUGCGAGAAGCUAGAAUCGCAAAGAAAGCAGCACUCCGCUGAGCUGCAGACUCAGAAGACAAAAUAUCAGACGACAAUAAAGAGGCAUCAGAAAUUUAUCGAGCAAAUAAUAUCAGAUAAGAAAAACUUAACCGAGAAAUGCAACUCCUUGACUGAGCAUAUCAAAGAAAUGGAAGUGAAAUAUCAUCGGGAGUUGAAAGUUGUGGCCGAGAGACAUGCGGUGGAACUCCAACGAGCUAGAGAACUUUGUGCUGCUUCUGAAAAGAUCAGACGCGAACGUUGGCUAGAAGCAAAAACUUCUAAAAUAAAGGAAAUGACUGUGAAGGGGCUAGAGCCAGAACUGCGAAGUAUGGUCGAGCAGCAUCAGCAGGAGCUUCAAGAAAUACGCAGUGCUCACAUCAAAGAGCUUCAGGAUACCGAGCUGCGAACAAUUCGCCGCUCAAAUCAACAGCUGGAGCAGUUACGUCUUGAGCUAACUGCAAGCCAUGAAAAGUUAUUGAGUAGCGAAAAAGAAAUUCUAAGAACAAGGUAUCAGGAGAAGCUAGAACAGCAAGAGAGUUUAUUUCAAGAACAGCGGCGCAAACUGCUGGACGAUUUGGAACGUGAGAAAAAUCUGCUGACUCAAGAACAUAAACGACUCAAUGCUGAGAGAGACGCUGCGAUAAGUCAAGCACGUUCACAAUUUAAUGAAAAAAUUAAUACCUUAAUACGACAGCAUCAGAUCGAGAAAAAAGCUGUUCAAGAAUCACUCAGGGUCGAGCAGGAGACAUGGAUGGAAAACUGCAGGAGACAACACAACAUGAAAUUAGAGAAAAUGGAAACACGAUUGAGAGAUGAAUGCAAUCGAGAGCGUGACAGGCAAAUAGAACUGGCUAUUGAAAGGCUGGAGAAGGAAACUCUUGACAUGAAAACUAGUCUUCAGCAAAGUUCGGAAAACCGUCUCAGAUGUAUGAAAGAAAAGUAUGAGGCAGAACUACAGGACCUAAAUAACAGUGAAGAACUGCUGAAAAGUAAAGUGACCUCCAUGCAGGAACGCCUCACAGAGACUACGACACAACUUCAAAUAACUGAGGGAAAACUUCAACAGUGUAUGAUCCAGUUAAGUAAUUCUAAACAGAGUGUAGAUCAAUUGACGAUUGAAAGAGAUGAUGCAAAGAAGAUUGUUCGGAAGGAAAUUGAGAUGGAAAAACGAGAACUGGAGGACAAAAUUGCCUCGCUUCACCGUGAACUGACUGAAAAUAAUUCAAAUAGAGAUGUUCAAAUGGCGCAACUUUAUAGCAGGGUCAAGUUAAUAGUUACUCAAAAGGAUCUGGCAAUAGGGAAAUUGGCCAAAGAGAUUGAGGAGGCAAAGAAGAGAUGCGAUCAUCUCGAAAAAUUAUUAGAUCAACAGAGAAAGGAUUACAUACUCAAGUCUUUAUAGAUAUUAAAUGUAAAUCAAUGUGUUUCAAUUUUAAUCCCCGCACAUCACAGCUCUACAGUUUUAAGUUGUUUUAAAAGUCAAUUUUGUCGAAAUAAGCAUUUCUCAGUCUGGACAAGCACCCAAUUCUAUUCGAUAUUUUGAAUUAACUGUAUUUGGAACACACCAAUUUAACACAGCCAUUGCAGGAAAGAUACCUGUGUUGUUUAUAAAUGUAUUAUCUGUAAUAUAAGUUUAUACUUCCAGAAUUUUUUAUGUUUUGAAUGUGUUUACAUUAAGCUACAUACUAUAUAAUAAUUUUAAGAGCCGAACUGAGAAAUUAUGGUAAAAAAUGCAGAUGUAGGCUUUAAUUUUUAGUACCAGCCCAUAUUUAUUUAACGCUCUUCAUCACUGAAAACAAUGACACAGUAUGAAUUUGUAC